AUGGCUACAGAUAGUUCUUCCACAGAUCUCCACCGCUUCUAUCUGUCCGUUGUUCUUGGCCAUAUUGACGAUAAUCAUUGGUACUCAUUGAUUUUCCCAAGUGGUGAGCAGACGGAUAAAGCGUGUGAUCGUUUGAUUAAGAGUUUUUAUGUUGGCGCGGACUCCAACCUUCUUUCUUCAUCAAAUGUCAAAGUCUUAAGGAAAGCUGCUAUCUUGUUGGUGAAAAACUGCAGUAUUCCUGGAUGGCUUACCUUGGCAGCUUACUUUUAUCCCGAUCUUGGAAUGAAAUUUGUCCUCGAUCAGGAAUACGUCAUGGGUCACAGUCACACAUAUGAUGAAAAGAAAUACCAAAAACUGGUCGACGCUCUCUUUUUGAAAAUUAGGAAAUCUGAGAACCCAGACUAUCAGCUUUCCCACCAAAAGCUGUUGGUUCCAAUGCUGAAAAGCGUUCCCACACUCGACCUUGCUCUUGGCAUAUUUCAACGUUCCGAAGUUCGUGAUUUCUUUGCCACCGAGGACAUGAUGGUCGAUUCAUUUGUAAGAUUUUAUCAGGAUAGACAACGAAACACUCACACCCAUAGGGAAAUAGGUGAGAAGUUGGUUGAAUUUUUCCAAAUUCCCAAACAAUUCCGUUGCAAAAUGCAUCAAAUACUAUACUCAGCUCUGUUGGAAUACGCGAAGUCAGACGAAAAAGUAAAAGAGGAACAUGUCACUAUUUUUAUCGACUCAAUUAUUUCCAAACGCGUUCUGGCUAUAGAGCAAAUUCUCGCGGUGCUCAUGGAACUUUCGAAAUCAAAAUCAGUUUCUCGUCGAAAUUUACUCCUUGAAAUCCUAAAUAACGACCUCUUUGGCAAAGACUGGCAUGAAACUAAACGUAUGCGAAAGUUUGAUAUCUGUAAAUCGUGGGUUCUUACCAGUCUGAGCAAUAAAUGGCGUAGAACGAGUCCUGUUGGCGUGGAUAAAGUGAUAGCAGUGUUUGAGGCAAUCAAUGCUAUAAUGCGAUGUUCCCUUAAUAUCGCAAAUUCAGCUCUCGCUCAAGAUAUCACUAACGCCGUCGUAAAAAAGUUUUUAGAAAAGGUGGACACUGAAAACGUUCUUCAAGCAUUUUCUAGUGUAGAAAAAUACGUGUCUGUAGUCCAGGAGUGCUACAAAUCCCAUGUGCGGAAAAUAUUGGAACAAGCCCCAAAAUUAGUAAAAAAAUCAAGCAAAAUUCUGAAAGAUUGUUCAACCAGCAGUCUCGGCCAAGAGUUACUGUUAUGUAUCGUGGAUAUCGUAGAUGUUCCAGAAGUUGGCAACGAUGCCGCAAUCAAUGAAGACGAUUUCAAAAAAGUUUUAGAAUGGUGCGACAUUUGGGUUAUCCUUCUGAAAACAACAGGAAACGCUAAAAAUUUCAAAAAAUACCGGGAUGGCGAGAAAAUUUGUAAACAGUUAGAAGCGUGCAUUAAAGCAGGAGAUAUUUCUUUGAGCUUCUUGAAGACGGUAUUUGACGAGAAAGAAAAAAUUUCAAGGCUGUGUGCCGCUGUGGUGAGUAAGUCUAUGCCAUCGUGUGAUCUUCCAGAUCUUCAAAAGCAGAUUUCGGAGCGUAUCUCGGAAUUAAUUCGUAUUGUAGAAGACUGCGAGAAAAAGCUUCAGUUGCUAGAGUCCGCGAUUAACUAUGCAAAGAAAAUAUCAAAUGAUGUUCAUGGCAUCGAAACCGCGAUACAGAAAUUAAAUUACCUUAACAAAACCUGGCGUUUAAGGAAAGCAAAUGAAUUGGAAGAUGAUAAUUUUUGGGGAGAAUUGCAUCCAUUCUUGAGCCCAGCAAAAGCACUACAACCAUUGGUAAAUUCGCUGUCCUUCAAAACUGUGGCGAAGAAGGGUUUAAAAGAAUUAAGCAGCUCAAAUGCAGAGGAAAAAGUUACUGAUUUUUAUUCACUGAUGUUGUUUCUUACAAGUAGAGCAAUUGAAGAUCUCCAAGAGCAGUGGAAUCCAGUGUUGAAAAGGCCAGGCUCGCUAAGUGUAGACACACUGAGGACAUUACUCGGCACACUUAAGUAUCAGAACAAGCUUGAAGAUGAACUCAAACUACUGGAAAAAUAUUUCAAUAGAGAAUUCUCUCCGUUGGUUAAAGUUUACGUCGAGGACUACGUAAAGUAUCCCGCUGUCUUGAAACAAGUUCGGCACGUGUUUAGUACACUUCAAAUAUUUGGAUUGGCGGAUCCUUCAAAUGAGAUGCUAUCAAUGCUUCUAAAAUUCCAAACAAUUUUGGAAAAAAGUUCUGAGCUCACUCUCGAAAUCUUGCACAAAUCAAUGAAAGACGUAAAGGAAAUAGUUUUGUAUUUUUCGGGAGAGGAAUUAGAUUGUGUGAUUGACGAACUAUCGCGGUCCAGUGCACUGCUGGGCUUUAUAGAAAAAAUCGUGGACGAGGAUAUUCGUUUUUUAAUUGACGCCGUCGAGGAACACUCUGAUCAGUUUGUAUCCGAGUCGUCAGUUUCCGAUCUUAUCGACGUUCAUGGUUUCCUUGCACCGUUGAUUAAGAAGAAAAACCAGAGCAAAUGUAAUCCCCGCGAAUUUCUCAAGAUGUUAAAAGAAUCUUGCCUUGGUCACAGAAAUAUAGCGGUGAAAAUUCAACAGUGUAGCACUAAUGUCAACAGUCUUCGUGGAUUGUACACGAGCAUUGCAAACCGCGGGGAGAUAACUAAAGAAAUCAUAAGUAACUGCCUGAACAGAGGAGAAUAUUGGGUGUCGCAGGAAAAUGGAACCAAGAUGAGUUAUAAUCUCCAGGGAAAUGAUGGAAAACCUAGAGAAUGUAGUUAUUCUUUGUCAGAUCUACAUGAUUUACGAAGUCGUGCACAUCUUAUUGUUAGCUCUCAUAAGAAUGCUAUCACCGUUCAGUCCAGCCAUUCCAGCGAAAAUGAGGAGGAAAUUGACUUUGAUGACUUUAUAAUUCAAGUUAAUUUGUUAACCGAAAUUUCCAUUCUUCUAACGAAAUUGCGUUCGUCCGGUUAUGUUAAAUAUCGUACCUUCUGGAAGCAAAUAACAACCACCAAGGAUCUCAAAACUUGCAGAGAUAACCUGCAGCAUGAUCUAAGAAACUGGGAAAACCUCUUGGAAGAAGCUCGUGGACAGUAUUACUUCCUUAACUAUUACCAUUCCGAUCAACUGUGCAUCUUGUAUCAUUUUAUAGUCAAUAAAUCCAGCGUUAAGAUUAAUUGCGACGAAGUCCUUCCUUUAAUCCGCUAUGUGGACCGAACCAUAACAGAGGAACAGUUAGAGCAGCACAGAGAGUCGCAAAAGUCAGAGAAAUCAACUUCCAAGGACAGUCCGGAGUUCUUACUAUUGACCGUUGGUCAAGCUUUAGAAAAAAUUUUCAGUAAUUCGAAACAAGUUAUCAGAUUCAUAUCCGAUGACAAAGGAAGCAUGUCGUAUUCCAAGCUAGAGGCCUUAGUUACACCUGGUGAAAUUUUCGUUGCAAGUCUGGAACCUGAAAGUCCAUUGACGGCCAACGUGAUCCUUACGCUGUACGAGAAUACAUCAAAAGCAUUUCCGGAACCAUAUCAAAUUGUGUUCUGCAGUAUUGAAACGACUUGGGAGGAAAUACAUCUCUUACUUCAACGAUGUUUUGAGCGCUCAAAAGACGUAUAUCGCAGGAAUUUGUUCUGUAUUGCAAAUGUUGAGUUAUUACCGAAUGAAUUGCAAUUCACAUUAGUAAAUGCAAUCAAAAACAGGCAGAAAUGUUACCAAAGCUCUGAGGCUAUGAACGAAAAUCCCGAUUACUUGCUUGCCUUGAUUUGUCGCGGUGGCGAUCAUCAUCACAUUGUGGAACAGUUCGCACAAUUUUCGCACAACAUUGCUGGUAUGAGCGACCAUGCUCUUUCAGAUCGUCUCCGAUCUUGUUGGCCUGAAGUUAAAAUGAUUACAUCAACACUUCCUGGUCUUGGCAAAACAGAACGAAUCAGAAGUGAAAUACAAGAGAAGAAAAUGAACGUCGCAACAUUUUCAAUCAGUGGUCCAUUUGAGCCAAGCAAACUCAUUCAACGCCUGAAAAAGCUCAAGCUCAGAAAAUACCAUUGCUUGCAUCUGGAUAUUGGCGAAGUAAGUGACCCGUUGCUGUUAGAUACAUUCUUAUUUCAACUAAUUGUCACUGGGAUGGUUUCAGCGGGAAUGCAAUUUUAUCAUCUUCCAACAACGCACAUCUACAUUGAGAUUGCGAACACGCUGAAAGAUUGGCUCCGGGAAUCUUUAGUUGUAUCAAAAUAUUUCACACGGAUUCACUUGGAGUGGCAGAAUUACAAGGAUCUGAAAGUCAGCGACGAAAUCACAAGUAAUGUUCAAAUCGUUUGCCAAUAUUUGGACAUUCUCGAUCGAACAUGCAUUGAAUCAAAAGAAGUUUAUUUCAGCGGACCGAAUAUGUCAAAGCCAUUACCAGAAGGCCGCUGCCAAGAUCUCCUGGCUAAGUACUUCUCGUCAGAUGCAGAAAUCACCUUCACAACCCUACACACGUUUCUUGGUGUUCUGGCUAAUCAACUUUCAAAAUUUUCAAAAAGUGCUUAUUUCAAAAUUGCAAAUCUAAAGUCCAUGAUUGGUGAUGAAGCUCAAGGUGUCCGCAGUAAUCUUUUUGGCGCCCUUUUAAAGGUAUCUAAAGAAUUCGCAUCACGAGCUAUAAACACCUGUCGCUCCAGUGAUAAAAAGAAUCUAUCUCAAGAAGAGUCGGCGAAAGCGUUUGACGAGGCCAUGGUGUCGACUACCACGUCCGCAAAAGAUAUGGUCGAUCGGGUAACGGGAAUGAUACAGUGGGAAGAUAGCAACCAUCUCUUGGUCGUGUUUCAUGGUAUUAAUUCGCAAGCAAUCACUGCCAUGUAUCGGAACAGAUCGCUUGUCCCUUCAAGUGUUGAAAAGUUGUUGAAGAGUCAAGGUGUUAAAGGAAAUCAAGAGCUUGAAGACUUCAAUGUUUUUACUCAAGAACAACUUCAAAAGAAACUAGAAAAGAUAGCUUGUUCUAAAGCAGUUGAAAAGAGCAAUUUAUUCCCAGGUUAUGCACUGACCCCAGAUAACAUUCUGAAAAUGAUAUUGAUCAUAUUACGGGUCCGUGUAAACGCACCGGUCAUCAUCAUGGGGGAGACAGGCUGUGGGAAAACUAGCCUCGUCCGCUAUUUGGCUAACACCUGUGGCGUACAGUUUCAUACAUUCAAUUUCCAUGCUGGAAUAUCGGAAGAAGAUAUCGCUGAAUUCAUUAACAAAAAAGAAAAGGAAAGUACUACCAAGGAUAAUGUCAACGAGCAAAUCUGGAUUUUCUUGGAUGAAAUAAACACGUGUGAUCAUUUGGGAUUGAUCAAUGAUAUAAUGUGUCAUCAUUCUUUGUGCGGACGACGACUAUCCAAGAAUCUUGUUUUCCUUGCAGCUUGUAACCCGUACAAGCUCCGUCCUGAAGAACACAUCAAAACAGCUGGUCUCGAAGGUAAAAAUAUCACUGAUGAGUAUUCUGGACUUGUUUAUCGUGUCCAUCCACUACCAGAAGCUAUGAUUGACUAUGUUUGGGAUUAUGGUUCACUUGCACCAGAAGAUGAACGAAAUUAUAUUAAGAGGAUGGUGAGAGACCUGCCAAAGGAGUAUGAGGGAAUGCUCGUUGAUUUGCUUGCGGCAUCCCAAAAGUUCAUUCGGAACGCUGAAAAAAAUCAUUUUUGUGUCAGCCUACGCGAUGUGUACCGCUGCAUUCACUUGAUCAGUUGGUUCGAGGAGAUGCUCAAGACGCGCCAAGAGCUUAACGAAAACAAGGUUGAAUACCCCGGCCAUCUUCAACAAUAUCAUUCGAUUUCACAACAGUACAAAAAUGAUCCGACGACUAAGAGCAUUGUCCUCGCUCUUGCACACUGUUAUUUAUCCAGAUUACCAACCGCGGAGUUGCGAAGAGAUUACCGAGAAAGUAUGAUGCACAUAUUCAGCCACAACAAGAUACAAAUGACCUACGAUGCAAAUGUAGAUACGUUCGCAGCCAUUGUACGCAUGGAGGAGGAAGAUUAUUUAGACCGAAUGGACCUCCCACCUGGGACAGCAAGAAAUGCCGCCCUACGCGAGAAUGUCUUUGUUAUGUUGGUUUGCAUCUUAAACCGCAUCCCUAUUUUCGUAGUUGGAAAGCCUGGCUGCAGCAAAUCAUUAUCCAUCCAAUUGAUACGAAGCAACCUACGCGGACGUGAUUCACGAGAUCCUCUAUUCAGACAGUUGCCACAACUUUACGUCGUCUCAUAUCAAGGUUCAGAAUCCUCAACAUCAGAAGGAAUCAUCAAAGUGUUUGAAAAGGCACGAAAAUAUAAAACCCACAACAAAGAUGGAAAUGUUUUGCCCGUCGUUUUACUUGAUGAAGUUGGAUUGGCCGAAAAUUCAAAGUAUAAUCCUCUCAAGGUUCUUCAUAGUUUGCUGGAGCCUGGUGAAGGAAAAUUGCCUGAUGUUGCUGUUGUAGGUAUUUCAAAUUGGUCGUUAGACGCUGCCAAAAUGAACAGAGCAAUUCACCUGUCCAGACCUGAGCCAAACAAAGACGAUCUUUACGAGACAGGGCAUUCGCUUCAUUAUGCUGACGAAGGAGAUGACAGCCAACACUUGGGAGUGCAAGAACUACGAUGUUUAGCCGAAGCCUAUUUUGAAUAUCAAGCCCAACAAAGCCAUGCGAAUUUCCAUGGUCUUCGCGACUAUUACUCCCUAAUCAAGAGUUUGACCGGCAGUAGUAGUUUCCAGCAAGUUAACAUUUCACUACAGCGCAAUUUUGGUGGCCUUCCCGGAGAAGUGACCAACAUUCAGAAGAUUUUCCUUGACAAAUUAAAAACAUUCAUGGUAUCAAGUGGUCAAGACAUUAUUCCAGUCACACAACUAAUUCAAGAGAAUCUCUCAGACCCUUACGCUCGCCACCUGAUGCUUAUAACAAACGGGGACUCAGCCCUUGGUAUCCUAAAGCAAAGUCUGGCUCAGCUAGAAAAGGAAACCAUCACGAUAUUUGGCAGCCGAUUCGAGGAAGACCUUUCUGAAGAGUACAACUACAGAAUCCUCAGUCGUGUCAUUCUUUGUAUGGAGCGGGAUUGCAUUUUAAUCUUGAAGGAUCUAGAAAGCAUUUAUGGAAGUCUUUAUGAUAUGCUGAACCAGAAUUACGCCGUCGUCGGGAACAGGAAAAACUGUCGUGUGGCCCUUGGGGCGUACAGUAAUCCAAUGUGUCAAGUAAAUGAUGGCUUUCGUUGCAUUGUCCUCGUUGAUCAACACAAAGAAUUUUCUGACCCCCUCCAUUUCAACAGAUUUGAAAAGCAACUUUUACGAUUUUCUGAUGUGUUGACUGAAGAUCAGAAGGGUGUUAUUAACGAGCUGAAUCAUUGGGUUGGAGGGAUUUCUAACGUAGAAGGUUUGCAAUCACAUUUCCACGUAUCAGAUGUUUUCAUUGGUUUUCAUGAAGACACCCUCCCAUCACUGGUUUUAUCACAUAGUCAUGACACAGAUAGCGAGUCAACAGACGUUUUGAAGAAAUGCAAAGAUGACUUGAUGUGGGUUGCUUCACCUGAUGGCGUACUUCGAAUGCAAAAAUGUAACUUUUUGAAAGAAGAUUCAAGUGAAGUCCAAGACCUAAGUGAUGAAUAUUUCCGGAAACCACUCCAUCAUGGUUUUUCCGCCUUCUUUGAACACGUUGUUGCGAAUCAUCAGGAAUCUUCUUUCUUUGCUAGUGAUGAGAUUGGCUCCAAAACGAUUGUCAUGACAUUUGCCAACAUUCACACAGAUAUACGUCAAUGCUUGGGCAAUGGUGUAAGUUGUCAAGUCGAACGACUGAGUGCGUACAAGUCAGAGAAGCAGUUAGCUGAAAGAAUUGGCCAAUUCUGGAAUGCAUCUGAAAAGGAAUUGCUGGUUUUGCAGUGUAAACCAGAUUUAGAUGGUACACAUUUACUCCUUGCCCGUUCCAUAAUUGAAGAAAAACGAGAUGCCUACAAGCAAUGGUUGCAUGAAACAGAGAGUAAAGCACAAGUAUUCAAGCACGUUUGUAUCGUAGUACAUGUGCAACGCGGAGAAGAAAACGCAAAUAGUAUUCGGUGGCAGUUCAGUUUUUUGUGUGGUUGGAGACAAGUCUUCCUUGACGUUCUUGAAGCCCCUCUUGUUCCACUAAACGAAAUUCUCGGUGAAAGCGUGCAGAAACUUCUCACGUCUUCCAUAUGGCCUAUACGGAGGAUUGCGCAAAAUGAUCUGUUAUGGUGUUUCACGUGCAUCAAAUAUACACGAUGGCAACGGCCUCUGGAUACGGUUCUUCGCAUUGCCAAAAGUCUAUUUUAUUCAGAUACAGUUUCCGAAGUCAUUGAGAAACUUAUCCUGGAAUCGAUUAAUCUGAAUACCCACGAAAAAGACCAGGAUAUUUAUUUUAGAGACAGUUGGCAAGUAAAAGUUGCUUGUGAUCGGCAGUCGUUGGUUAAUUCAUCCACUCUAUACUGUGCAAUGGAACAGUUCGUCUCUCGGUUAGUGCGAAAUCUUGCUAAAAUCGUCUACUUUCUGGAAAAGGAAAAUGCUUGGCCACCUCAUCUUUGUAACGAUCUUGAUGAAACCCUGUUGCUAAAGUUAGAAGACAUGUGGCGUAAUUUUAUCUUGGAUAGCGCAGUUUUCAAUAUGUCAGACAUUCCUGAGCCUCAUGGAGCUGAAACAUAUAUUCUUGAAAGCAUCAGCCUUGAUCUUUUGCUACCUUUCAGCCAACUUGUUAGCAAAAAAGUUGACAGUGUUAAGGAAUUGUUUUUGGAAGAUUGUUCACAACUGGUGGAAAAUAAAGAUAAUUUGGAUGAAAAUGGUGAACUAAACCAGUCUGUUCGACAACAGCAACUGGAAAGAUUUGCAAAGAUGAUCACAGACCAGGUACCCGAACUUGACAGCAUAACCACUCACUUCCAUAUUUUGUACAUGACGGAUAUUUUCGAUAUGAUGACUGCCGAUUUUAGACUAACAUUACCUCGUUCACAGAGGGUGGCACUAGUACAAGCAGUGUUUACAUCGGAGGUUAAGCAGGACAGCAAAAACACUGAAAGCGACGGUGAAUUGGAAUCAAACGAAGAUCCAUCCGAGCAGAGUGAAGCAAAGCUUGCUGAUAUAGACCUGGAAUUCGAGAAACCUUCAUCAGAAAACGAAGAUAACGAGGAAGAGGUCAUUGAAGAGAUAAUGGACGACCCUGGAGAUUCAACCGAAAAAAUAGGAGAUGUCUUGGUCACUUUGUACUGUGAAAUGAUGUUCCCUUCGCCAGAAGUUGUUGAAAAAAGUGGUAGUCCCGAACUGUGGAUGCGAAAUGCCAACUUACUCCUUUCAUUAGCACUUAAAAUCAGUGAACACUCACCAGCAUUCCAUUACUUACGUUUGUGCGUUGAUUUUCUACGGAUCAAUUUCAUCUCUGACGAAUUGCCAUUGUGUACUUUGAGUGAAAUCGCCACAACUCUUUCUCCAGAAUACUUGGAUCACGAGGAUUCAUUCGAAACAAUAACUGAGCAACUAAUUAGACCGUUGGAGGAAGAAAUGAAAGGUAACAAGGAUAAACGGGAAGCUUUACAGAAGUUCUCAGCUCUGUUUUACGGCCGUUGUAUUGACACAAAUGUUGAUACUUGUGGUGUUGGUCCUAUUGUUAAAGAAGUUCUUUCUUUGGAGCGACCUGAGUUGGUGUUGAAAAUGAGUCCUGUUGUGCUACGGUUACUCAUGGUUGAACAAAUGCAGUCUCCUGGCAUAUUUAAGAAUUUGAUCGACAAUCCAAGUGUCAUGGACAACUGUCCAUGUCUUCAGAAUAUCGAUGAAGUUUUCAGUGAUCUUUUUUCCAAUGGUUUGAUACAUCAUGAUUCAUAUCCUUCGGUAAUGACCUGCGAUUUAAUUGAGAGUCAGCUAGAUUUCAAGAAUAAUUUUGGUAUCAGUGAUCUAAAUAGCUCUGAUUGUGAAGUCCUCGUGCUUGCCAAAUCUGCUGUAAACGUGAUAGCUCAAAACGGUGAAGAUGCUUGUGGUAUCAGAGUAUUCUCUUCUGUUGCCUUCCUUCGAGGAUUCUUUACAAUGUUAGCACAGUUUAUCGCUGCAAAUCCUGGUGUUAUCGACAAAGGCAGCCCUUAUGUUCCAGUUAUAACUGAAGUCAAUUCACUACUAAAAGAUGCUAAAUCAACCUUGCCGAUAUUUUUCUUGAAACAACUCCGAGAAAAUGCAGGUAUAUUUGAUCUACAAAAGUGGUUUGGUGAGAAUAGCGUGCUUUCAUCAAUAGAGGAACUAUGGGCCAACGAAAAAUACGAAGAUAAGUCGGUAUUUACCACUGUUUUAAAACAUCCUGAAUAUAAGAAGAAGGCGGCCUUGAAUUAUAUCAGCGACAACCAUCGAUGCAAGCAAGAACAAUUUGUUAACUGGUUUUUGAGAACGUCUCCUUUUCUAUUGUUUCAGGAGCUUCUGCUACGAAUUAUAGGCCGUCAGGAUUUCCACUGUCCAGAACUCCAACUAUCGUCCGAAUCUUCAGUCGAUGAUGUCGAAUUUGCGCUGUUAGUUCUUCACAUCGCCUGUGUCGUCGCUACUGGUGCGCUAAAUGAGAACCUGCCAUUUUAUCGCUACGUUACAAAUCCUGCUAAGUUCAAACAACCUUUGGUUCUGGCUCAUCGUGAAGAGGAAUUACAUUCCAUAUUCAAGUACAAACCAUAUCUCAUGGACUCUGUUCUUGCGACCUGCCAAUGUGGUGUAAGGUUGGCCUUCAACGGUGAAAUAGAUGAAGCAAAGUGCCCUCGUUGUCAGGAGACCUUGGGUGAUGAAACAGAGAGCGGUACGUCGGCAACACUGCCACUCUCCUUCCAUUGUGGUGCAAGUCUUGAAAGUGAUCUCUGCGCAAAACACAUGUGUCCAGCGGUAUAUCGUGCUUUGCAUCUCGUUGUUUACUCAUCCUACUACGCCGGAGUUGCACUUGGAACUUCGAAUAAAGAUAAUCUGUCAAGUGUCUUGAAUGUAUUAAAUGUAUUUGGUCCUGAUAGCGAUCCAGUGAAGACAUGUGUUAAGACCAUUAGAGAUGAUCUGUCCCAUCUAAUGAAAAUUCUUAGUUGCAAGAGAGAUGUUGCAAUCAAAACUAUGCAUGUUGUCCUUGAGAAGAGUUCGGAUCUUAUUACCAGUAACAAUAUGCUAGGAGCAAACGACUGUUCCACGCAGGAAGGCCGCAGAGAAUGGGAAGUCGAGUUUUCACACCUUACGGAACCAGUGUUCUCAAAGUUACGCGAAGCUCCGGAGCAAAUGCAAGUGCCGAUGAAACUGCAACAGACGAAAGACAAUCAAGAAAACGUUUCAGUUGAAUGCCGUAUUUUGGAACUCGACAACUAUCCUAAUGAACCGACUGAGCAGAAUCAACAACUAAAGAGAUUAUUCCGUGCGACAAAGCAACCAUGUUUUGAAGAUUUCCGAUCAGCAUUUUUGCAUUCUCCGAAAGAGAUUCAAUCAAACCACAGUUUCUUGGCUUUGUUCUUCGCAAAGUUUGAGCAACUCCCGAUCAUUGGCCAUCUUCAUCAUCUGCUGAAAUGGUCUCGUCUGGUAUCAUCAGCACUGACCCACCGUAUUAGUAGAAAAGAUGCCGAAUCAAAGUCUAUCAAUGAUUUUAUCAGCGGCCAUCUUCUGGAAUUAGAGCGUUCUCCUCAGGAACUAGAAAGUUUAAGAUUGCUGUUCGACAGCUUCAAAGAAGCGUGGAACGAAACGCGUCCGCUAGUUAAUCAAGCGCUCGCAGAGAAGGAGUUGGACAAAAUGCCUUGGUUGGUGGAGACGGAUUGUAUAGCAUACUGUUUAAUGGAGAGUGAUUUUGGUGUCUAUCUUAAAGAGGCUAUUGGGAUUCUGGUUUCCUACCAAAAUUCAAUUCUAGAUAUAAUACUUUCUCUUUCAUCCUCACAUCUCCAGCCCGCUUUAAGUGUCUUCGAAGAAGACCAUGGCAGUAGUAUCGCGUGCGUCACCAUUCAAGAAGUGAAAGAAAAAGAAAUCAUCUGUUUCCAGUGGUCCGACGCUGAUUUGUUGAGAUACGGACAAAGCAAUCUAGAGUAUGGCAAAGGCCGAAAAAUCACAUAUGAUUUUGAGCGAAUUGAGAUGUGGCUUGCAUCAAAAAUUGUGUUUGGAAAGUGUUUCUUGACCGGGGCACUCACAAGGUUUAUAUUCGCAAAGGAACUUUUCCACUCCUGCGGUCAAUUGUUGACAGAGAUUCGAAAACUGGUGAAACAGAAUCCAAUUUUGCCAGAGGAAGUAUGUAAAGGUUUAGCUAUCCUGAAAGAACGAAGAAUCAAGGAAGCCCAAGAUCUUCUCCAACAUAUCGAGGUGCUUAUCUUUCUGCUUAAACGAAAAUUGAAGACCUUCAACGUCGAUAUGACUUUAGAAGAGCUCGCUGAAGAAUGGACCUCGAUGUUACCGAGUCCCUUCCCUGUCAGUCUGUUACCAGAACCAAGAAGUUCCAUUAAAAUCAAGCACGUAGCUGCUCUUUACGAAGCCCUCGAAGAUCUGCUGGCUGAUGGCGCUAUUGACGGUCUAGCAGAUCAAUUUCGAUACCAGUUGCCGAUUAAAAUGAAAGAAGCCAUUUGCGCUGUGCUGGCCAAAGAUGUACUGGCGUUAAAACCACCCAACUUUCUUAAAGCGUUGCGCCGUUUCGUGUUUCGUUACCUCUCAUCCGAAACUGAAAGAUAUUGGCCCGAAGAAAGAAAAUCGUUGCAGUCGUGUUUGGACGAGCCUUCGCUUUGGUCACCACUCCCACUGCCAAACCUUGACGAAAUUCCUCGAGAAAUUACCCUAGAAAAUAUUCACUCGACCGUCAAGUACAUAGAAGAAGUGGAAAAGGAGAAGAAAGCGAGCAUUUCUAGAAGACCCGGUCUACGAAGUUCGCCGCGUCCGCCUCAGAAAAUCAAACAACCUGGGAAAUCAGCACGACGUCGGGUUGCAAAUUUUAAUUAGAUUCGACAGCCUUUUUUCUUAUUAUAACUAUAUGUGUAACGUUUCAAUUUUUUCAUAUAACGCAACGAUCUUAGCUGGGCGUGCAACACUCCUCGAACUGCUAGUGCUAAGCCUACAGGUAGAUUUUGACUUACGAUUAUUCAACCAGUUGCUAAUUGCACUUGAUUACUUGACCUCUUUUACAAUUUUCUAACCGGCCUAGUUUCACAUGUGAGUGAUUUCCUGAGUAAUAGGAUAAAGCAAUUUAUGAUGCCCAUGGGAAACUUAAAUAUUCAAAUU